AUGGCUGCCGAAAAGGCGAACACCAACCCGGAAAUUGAAGCAGUCGUGCGCUACUCGGUCUUUACUACCUCUGAAAGAUGGUGUAUUGUCGCACUUGUUUUCAAGAUCAACUUGACAAUCACAACUUACAUGGCCGUUGCUACGAUCGCCCCGACGCUUGUAGGCAGCACGGCUGAUGUGCUAGGUCGAAGGCCAAUAUACAUGGUCGCUUUGACUUUGUAUCUUGGUGCGACAUUGUUUAUUGACAUCUACAAGUUGGAUCAGUGGCAGGCAGGCCUCAUAUACCUCCCAUUCGGCCUUGGUGGAACGAUUUCGACUUUCUUUUCCGGCUCGCUGUUGGACAAUGCCUACCGCCAAACGAGAACAAAACGAGGUCUGAGCACAGACAAAGUGGCCGGCGAUGACCUGGACAACUUCGCGAUCGAGAAGGCGCGCCUCAGUGUUAUAUGGAUCCCCAUGCUCGUGACCAUCUGCUCGGUGCUCGCUUUUGGCUGGGUCUUGGACUAUCACCAGGUCAGCAUCUGGCACAUGCCUUCCGCCCUCAGCCUCGCGAACUAA